AUGAAGGGUCUUGUGGGUUGUCUGCAUGUUCAGGAGCUAGCUGUGGCUCUUCCCUCGGGAGCAGCAGCAGCAGGGAACCCGUGGGGCCCCCCGGGGGCCCCCCACCGCCAGGAGUCUUCAAGUGCGGCUGCAGCAAGGGGGGCCCCCGCUGCAGCUGCUGCUGCUUUGGCAGCAGCAGGGGCUCUGCAGCACAAUGCGGGGGCCCCACGGCAGUUAAACGGAGCCUUACCUCAGUGUGGGGUUUCUUCGUUGCAGCAGAAGCCUCAAGGAGCAGCACUGCAGCAGUGUGCAGCUUCUGCUGCUGCUGCUGCUGCUGCUGCUGCUGAGGCUAAGGGGGAACCCUUGUUGUCUAGCCUAGAAAGGCUGCAUGCGGCCGUGGGCUGCUCUGGGGGGGCCCUGCAGGGAAUUGAGUGGCAGCAGCAGCAGCACUUGCCGCUGCUGCUGCCAGUUUUUCCGCGGGGCCCCCCGCCAGAAGCAGCCACAAGCACGAAGCAGCAGCAGCAGCAGCAGCAGCAGCGCAGAAGCCACCAGCAGCAGAUACAGCGUGCAACAACAGCGAGGUCGCUGCAAGCACCCAGAGAGAUGCGAGCUCGAUCUCUGCGAAGAGGGGAAGCAGUGCAGCAGCAGCAGCAGCAGCAGCAGUGGGAUUGGAGUCGUUUCCACGAGCAAACGCAUUCCGCUGUUUUAGGAGUGUCUGAAGCAGAAAUGGUGGCAGCAGCAGCAGCAGCAGAGGUAGCAGCAGCAGCAGAAGCAGCAGCAGAAGCAGCAGCAGCAGAAGCAGCAACAGCAGCAGAGAGGAAACCGGGUGACCAAUGGUCCACUACCUCACAGCGCCGCUCCCUCAGCACCCCCACUUGGGUGAGUGCCGCGCGUAUCUGCAGCAGCUGGAGGGUGCCAGCAGCAGCAGCAGCAGCAACGGGAGCAGCUGCAGCAACAGGAGCAACUGCUGUUGAGGCUGCUGCUACAACGGCAGCAACAGCAGCAGCAGCAGCAGGAGCACCAGCGAUAGGUGUAGGCAACGCUGCUGUUGCUGCUGCAGUCCCGCCAGCAUUGCCGUUCGCGUUUCCUCCUUCUUCUGCGGCAGAUACCUUUGCUGCACCUGCUGCGGCUGCUGCUGCUGCCGGUGCUCCUGCUGCUGCUGCUGCUGGCUGCAUGCCAUCUCUAUCGAGCUUCAUCAGACUGACAUCUUCGCAGACAGGUGCUGCAGCAGCGGGUGCAGCUGCCGCUGCACAAGAAGCGAGGACUGCAGCAGCAGCAUUAGCAGCACCAGCAGCAGCAGCGCCAGCACCAGCAGCAGCAGCGGCACCAGCAGCAGGAGAGGUAGUGGCCACGUCGCGGGAAAGGCCUCCAUUUUUGCAGCGCAUGCACUUUUGUGUGGAAAGGCUCAGCAGGUACCCAGGCUGCUCCUUGCAGCAGCAGCAGCAGCAAGAGACGCAGCAGCAAGCGUGGCAGCAGCAGCUGCUGCAGCACAUGCAGCAGCAGCUCAUUUGGAUGCGAGAGCAGCAGCAGCAGCAGCAAGUUCUUUUGCAGCACCACCUCAAUCAGCAAGCGAUUCAGCAGCAGCAACAGCAGCAGCUGCUGCAGCAGAAACUUCUGCAGCAGCAUGAGCCACUUGGGGGCCCACAGGAGAGAGUGCAGCAGCCUGGUGCUGCUCCUGCUUCAUCGCCAACUGCCAGGCUGUCAUCCCCAACUCAGCAGCAGCGGCAGCAGCAGCGGCAGCAGCAGCAGCAGCAGCAGCGGCAGCAGCAGCAGCAACUAAGAGACCCUCUGGACCUGCUGCGGGUCAGGGCCAACGAAGCAGUGUCCCCCGAGCAGAAGCCGCUGGGCACUUUGCCCCGCAGCAGCGACAGAAAGCGCAUGCAGCCAGCAGCAGCAGCAGCAGCAGCACCAACAGCAGCAGCAGCAGGGGGCAGGCCCCCGUCAGCCGGCACUGUGCAGAGCCACCACACAAGCCGCAAGUGUGCUGCGUGCCACCCCGAAGGAGAUGCAGGCGUCUGCUGCUGCUGCAGCAGCUGCAGCAGGCUGCAUGCGGGUGCUGCUGCAGCGCGGGGGGUGCAGCAGCACCAGCAGCAGAAACAGCAGCAAAGAGCCUCACGGGGGAGCCCCCAACCCACAGCUGGCAGCAACAGCCCCACUUCCCGUCAGCAGCAGCAGAGGCAGCAGCAAAAAUUGAAACAUCUGCCGCCUCCGCCUCCGCCGCCGCCGCUGCAGCAGCAGCAGCAGCAGCAACAGCAGCAGCAGCAGCAGCAGCAGCAGCAGCAGAAGGGGCAGCAACUGCUGGUUCUGGCCCUGCCAAGCACCCCUAGAAAACGAAUUCUGCUGUGCGGCGCAACAGCAGAAGCUGCCAAUGGGGAGCUGCGCCUCUCUGAGAAGCAGCAGCAAGGUUUGCUGCAGCUGCUGCAGGAGCGGUCAGCCAGCAGCUGGAGGCAAGAAGACACAAUGCUCCCCGGGGCCCACCCAGCAGCAGCAGCAGGAGCAGUAGCAGCAGCAGUACCAAGGAGCGCCUCAAGGGGCCUGCAGCAGCAGCACAGGAGAAGCCUCUCUGAAGGCAGAGAAAAGAAGACGCGGCAGCUAGGCGGCACAAAGCCUCUGCGAUGGCAGCGAAAGCACCUGUUCCAGCGACAGCAGCUCAGAAGCAGGAACCUCCUGCUGCAGCAGGCUGCUGCGGCAGCAGCAAACUGGUGGAUCUAG